UAGUUAAAAAUAAAAAAAUCUUCGGUGACUGAAGCACCACAGUCAGAGUCCCCUUUCCAUUCGCCAUAACCAAAACCUUCCUGCCUUUACCUAUUCUUGUGUUUCAUUUCUUCUCUAACCCUCUCCACUCAAUUCUCCCACUACAUUCUUACCCACGACCGCCCUUUUUGCCUCCAUAACCUCUAAAUUUCUCUUGUGUUCACUGCCAUCACCCAGGUUGUUCUUCGAGUAUGUAUUGUAUUGGUUUCGGUUAUACUUGUGCCUUUACAGAGACUGUAAUAGCUGCUUGGACUCAUAGAGAUUCAAUACAAGGAAGAAACUUUGGAAAUUUAAAUGUUUGUGCAUAUGGGUACUUGGGAAACAGGUUUGCAUUGAGAAGAAAACAAAUGGGUUUAUGUGGGUUUGUUAUGAAAAUCCGGAAAGAAGGAGAGAAACUGGCCAAGAAGAAGAACAAUGAAGUUGUGAUAUCUUCAGAAGAAGUAAUAAGGGCUCUUAAGUCUACAACAGACCCAAAUUCUGCUUUGCUCUAUUUUAAGUUUGUUGCUAAGUUACCUUAUGUUGUUCACACCACUGAAACAUGCAAUUAUAUGCUUGAAAUCUUGAUGAGUCUUAAGAGGGUAGAGGAUAUGGUUGUUGUUUUUGAUUUCAUGCAAAAGAAAGUCGUUUACCGAAAUUUGAAUACUUAUCUAGCCAUUUUUAAAGGUCUUUACAUUAGGGGUGGAAUUCGACAAGCACCAACUGCUCUUGAGGUGAUGAGAAAGGCUGGGUUUGUUUUGAAUGCUUUUUCGUAUAACGGGUUGAUCUAUUUGCUUCUCCAGUCAACGUUUUGUAAGGAGGCUUUAGAGGUUUACAACAGAAUGAUCAUAGAGGGGAUGAAGCCGAAUUUAAAGACUUAUGCAUCACUUAUGGUAGCAUUUGGUAAGAACCGGGAUACUCAAACUGUAAUGGGUUUGUUAGAAGAGAUUGAACAUUUGGGAUUGAAGCCUAAUGUUUAUAUAUUUAGCAUAUGCAUUACAGUUCUUGGAAAGGAGGGGAAAAUUGAUGAGGCUUAUGAUAUAUUGAAGAGAAUGGACGAAGAAGGAUGUGAGCCAAAUGUUAUUACUUAUAGCAUUCUUAUUGAUGCUCUCUGUAAAGCAGGUAAACUUGAUAAUGCAAAAGAGUUGAUUGUGAAGAUGAAAGCCAUCAACAGUCUCAAACCUAAUCGUACAACAUACACUAUUCUGUUGGACAAGUUAAGAGAUUGUGGAGAAUUGGAAACUUUGAAAGAAAUUUGGGAUGAAAUGGAAGCUAAUGGUUUUGAUCAUGAUGUAGUUACGUUCACCACUCUUAUUGAUGCUUUUUGCAAAGCUGGCAAUGUUGACAAAGCAUUUGAUACUCUGGGUGUCAUGAUGGAGAAAGGGAUCUUACCAAAUCUUUAUACUUACAACAUCUUGAUUGGAGGACUAUCAAGAUCAUGUAGAUUGGAUGAGGCUUUUAAACUUUUCAGUAAGAUGAAAUCCUUGCAUAUCAUACCCGAUGCAAUUACAUAUAAUACACUCAUUUCGGGUUUAGUGAAAUCUAAUAGUGUCGAUGAGGCUAUCGAUUUUUACUAUGAUCAUGUAGGUCGGGACUUUUCCCCCGUUCAUCGUACAUACUACCCACUUAUUGAUGGUCUUUUUGAGGCAGGAAGACAUGAAGAAGUAAUGCUUUUGUUUGAAGAGAUGGCAUUAUAUGGAUGCAAACCGAAUUAUGUGACUUUCACCAUUCUUAUAGAUGGGUUCGGAAAAGCAGGAGAUGUAGAAACUGCCUGUCAAUUGUUUAAGAGAAUGGUUAAAGAUGGAAUGAGACCAGACUUAUAUACUUAUAGGUCUCUACUGGUACCUUUAUGCCAUUUAGGAAAAACUGAUGAUGCUCUGUAUUACUUUGAAGUACUAAAGCAGACUGACCUUAGUCCUGAUAUAGUUUUGUAUAACAAUUUGAUUUACGCACUUGGAAGAUCGCGGAGAGUAGAAGAAGCUCUAUCUCUCUACAAUGAAAUGCAGAGCAGAGGAAUUUUCCCUGAUAUUUUCACAUACAACAAUCUAAUACACAGUCUUGGGAUCGUGGGAAUGGUGAAGCAAGCAGUGAGUUUGUAUGAAGAAUUACAACAUAAGGGUCUUGAACCUAAUGUUUCCACCUACAAUGCUCUCAUUCGAGCUCAUUCCUGGGCAGGGAAUCCAGACCUUGCUUAUGCAAUUUACGAGAAAAUGAUAGCUGAUGGCUGCAACCCGAAUGAAAAAACAUUGCAAUUACUACCUAACCAAACUUGAGUAGACAUUUCCUUGAACUGUGUUUGAGGACCCAAUGGUUGGAGGGAUGAACUUAAGAAGCAACUUCACCGAAUCAGACCUAGCAAUAACGUCUUAUUCGUCAUGUUAAGGCAAAUACAAGUUUUACCUUUAAGAAAGAUCUUAUUCAGAUUGUCCUAUGAACUUACCAUUUACUGGACCAAUUGGUUGGAGAGAUUACCAAGUGACUAUUUGUUCAAGUGCAAUUGAAUUUCUGACAAGCUUUGUGCAAAGUCUUCACCGGGGUAAAUCAGCUGGUAAUCUGCAAUCAAAAGGUUCCUCAAAUCUUCAUUUGGUCCAAUCUUCACAAUAACCUUUUUAUCAAUUUUAGCCCAUAUAAAAUCAGCUUCUGCAGCUAAUAUGUUCCCAUUGCUUCUGCUAUUAAUGUCAUUUCUCUUCCUAAUUGCAAUCACAUUGAAAAGAUGUACUUACUAUUGUUGGGGUUCCUGGGUGAGUGAGAAUAUAAACAUAACCAAGCAUGAGUUUUUCUUCAGGAAAAGGCCAAGUCUUUUGAAAUCAAGUAUCUUGAUUGUCAAUAAAGGUCACUGAACUCUCAUGCCUUAUUCCGAUCAUACCUGGAGGCUUCUUGUUUUUGUCCUUCAAACGCCACAACACACCGAAAACUGCAGCCUGAAGAACACCUUUGUGGUAAAAUCAAAGGCAGUGAUUUGGCUAUCAGCAGCCUCAACCCAAUCAACUAGCAUUCGACGUGGUUUUCUUGAUCAUCCCAUAAGGUGGUCGAUCUCAGGUACUCCUCCCCAGCUAUCCCUAGGAUCCGAGUUCUGAACUCGGUGUCAUCUUUGUAGAUGAAUGAUGGCCCCCAGUCAAGGCAGGCAAGCAUCUGGUGCUUAGUUGUAAUUUGAGAUUUUACAACACUUUAAGUUAGAUUUUACUCUUCUAAUGAUUUUUUUUUUUAGUUGUAAUUUGAUUAUGGGUCUUAUUAAUAUGGGGAUAUAAUCAUGCUUCUUGAAAAAACUUUUUGAAGAGGUCACUACUAGUCAACAACACUUAAUUUUAGAAUUUUUAAGUGAUAGACUACCAGAAAACAAGAUGAAUCUCAUUGAUAUAAAUAGUAUCAAUCAUUCUAUUUAAG